AUGUGGCGCGAGAAGAUGGAAAAAAUGAUUGAUGCAUGCAAGCGUGCAGGCCCACGAGAGUUGGCGGCAAAAAUCGCGAAGGACGUCGGUAAAUCUCCCUUUACCGACGACAUUUUAAAUGCCACGAAACCUCGCUGGUUUAUCACACCGGUAUUCCAAAAAUAUGGUGGAACAACUGACCCGGUGGAUCACAUCAAGGGCUACAAACAGCAGAUGUCCAUCGAGACGACCGAUGAGAAAUUGAUGUGUACGAUCUUCCCUUCUAGUCUCACAGGGCCAGCAUCGACAUGGUUCCAAGACCUCAAACCACAUUCCAUACCGGAUUUCGACACAUUAAGCCGGGCUUUCAUUUCGCAAUACUUCUGCAAUCGCAAACAAAAAAAGGACAUGGCUACUUUAUUUAGUACCAAGCAGAAACCAGGGGAAAGAGUAGGGAAGUUUUUUGAAAGGUUUAAAGCCGAAAUGCGCCAUGUCAAUUGCGACCCCCAAUUCGCUGCGAUCGCCUUUCGAGAAGGAUUGCUUUUGGGAACACCAUUAUACGAAAGUUUACUACGCGAUCCACCAAAAGACAUGGAUGAUAUCAUCACAAGGGUCGAGGGAGAAAUCAGAAUUGAAAGAGCCAAAGAAGCACGUGAGGCUAGAUACACCAAUGUCGUCGCCUCCGGGGGCGACAUAAGGCAAAAUCGAGGCAGCCACCAUGGCGUGAGGCAGGAUAACCGACAUCCGUAUGAGGCAAAGCCCCGAGCCCGUUUUCCUAAGGAAUGGUUCACAUUAAGCCCCACGACCAUAUUCAGAAAGCACCAACACGAAGGGCUUUUCACGAAGCCUCCACCUCAACCGAAAUCAAGAGACGUAUUUGAACGGGCCAAAUAUUGCCCACACCAUGAGACGUUCAGGCACGGGUUAUCCAAAUGUGAGGCAUUGCGGCCAGCCAUUUCUGAACUAAUGAAGACAGGGAAGUUGCGUCAGUAUCAAUCUGACGGUCAGGCUAAUGAAGGCAAGGUGGCAGACAAGGUUGAAAGUAGAGCCCAGGCAAAAGGCCCAGAACCGGUCAUCAGAGAAAUACUGGCCAUCCAUGGGGCCCCGUAUACCGUUGUAGAGGAGGAAGUGCGUUUGAGAUCAGAAACCCGCCAGGCGGAGAAGAUACGUAGAGUGUGCCAGAUCACGGGUAGCCCUUCAGCUGGACAGGACGCAUUUCCCCGGCCGGUCAUUAGUUUCUCCGCAUCCGAUACAAUCGGCAUCCAGUUUCCCCAUCGGGACGCCUUAAUCAUUUCUACCCAAAUCGCGGACGCCCUUGUGCGGCGGGUAAUGGUCGAUGCUGGGAGCAGCACUGACGUCAUAUUUUGGGAAGCGUUUGAACAGCUCGGACUAGACAAGACGUUAAUCCACCCUAGCAGAGCGCCUCUGACCGCCUUUGAGGGUUCGGAAACAUGGCAUGUGGGCGAGAUUUCCCUCCCAGUGACGACGGGAGGGAAAACCGUGGAGGUCGACUUCGUCAUUGUCAAGAAGCCGUCGGCCUAUAACGCCAUUCUAGGCAGGGAUUGGCUCCAUAGGAUGGGAGCUGAGGCUUCAACCAGAUGUCAGGUACUCAAGUUUGUUUCCGACAAUGGCCAGCAAGUGAUAUCGGUUCGCGGCGAUCAACUACUCUCUAAAAAGUUGUACGCCAUGGAAAUCAAGCGCUCCCCGCCAACGUAUAAGGGCAAAGAGGAUCCCUCAGCAUAG